CCCCUGUGUCUCCUCUUAAGCUCCGGUGCACACGCCAGACAUGUCACGUCGACAGGGCGAUUACAAUAUUGACGGCGAUGAGGUGCAUUACCCGACACGACCGGUGGACAAGGACAAGGCCGAGGCGGAACUUGUUGUGAACAUCAAGAAAGCAACCUCAGCAGAAGAAACGGCGCCCAAACAGAAACAUGUCAGAAAGGCCAUCGUCUACACAUGGGACUACCACUCUUCGAUAUCGUUCUGGACUGGCCUGAGAGUACAACCUAUUUUGUCUGAUGAGGUUCAGACGUUCAAGGCUCUGAUCACGGUGCACAAAGUAUUGCAAGAGGGUCACCCCGUGACUAUCAAAGAGGCCCAUGGACAGACCGGAUGGCUGGAGACUUGCGCUCGGACAGUCGGACAUGAGACGGCACGCGGCUACGGACCCUUGAUCAGAACAUACGUGCAAUUCCUUCUUGCCAAGCUGCGCUUCCACAGACUUCGUCCGGAGUUCAACGGUCUCUUUGAGUAUGAGGAAUACAUUACGCUCAAGGGCAUCGACGAUCCGAAUGAGGGCUACGAGACUAUCUCGGACCUCAUGGCUCUGCAAGACCAGAUCGACUCUUUCCAGCGCAUGAUCUUCGCGCACUUCCGCUCUGGCAACAACGAGUGUCGUAUAUCCGCACUUGUCCCGCUGGUGAAGGAGAGCUGGGGUAUCUACCGGUUCAUCACCAGUAUGCUCCGUGCUAUGCACCGAAGAACGAACGAUACCGAGGCGCUUGAGCCGCUCCGAUCACGGUAUAGCCAGCAACAUUACGCUCUCCGCAAGUUCUACUAUGAAUGCUCUAACCUCAAAUAUCUUACCGGUCUCAUCAACGUUCCCAAGCUUGGAGCUGAACCCCCUAAUCUACUAGACAACGGCACUGCUCCAGAUCUACCUGCUCGGCCAACUACUGCCCCUGUUAAGUCACCACCCCCUGCAACCCCUCAACCUGACGCGGCAGAAGUACGGGAGCAGGAGCGUAUGCUCAAACAGUAUGAGCAACAGCAGGCUGCUCUGAUGGCUGCGCGUGAGGACGAGGAACGCCGCCGGAGGGAGAUGGAAGAGCAGCAGCGCCGUGAGUUCGAGCAGCGGCAAGCGGAGCAGGCCGAGCGCGAGCGUAUGGCCCAAGAGCAGCUCGUACAGCAACAGAUGCAGCAACAGAUGAUGCAGUACAGCAACCAGGCUGCGCAGCAAGUGCACGACCUCGAGAGGGAGAUCCUUGGCAUGCGCGGACAGUUUGAGCGUGAUCAGCUCAUGUUGGAGCAGUACGAUCGGAGAGUCAAGGCGCUGGAGAGCGAGCUCAGCAGCGUCACGGCCAAUGUCAACUCGCAGAUGAUGUCCAAGGACGAGCUCAUCCGGCAGCUGCAGGAGCAAGUCACGAUGUGGCGGCAGAAGUACGAGGGUCUGGCCAAGCUCUACAGCCAGCUCCGCGCGGAGCAUCUCGACAUGCUGUCUAAGUAUAAGCAGAUGCAGCUCAAGGCCAACUCAGCACAGGAGGCCGUCGACAGGAUGGAGCGCAUGGAGCGCGACCUGAAGGCGAAGAACCUCGAGCUUGCAGACAUGAUUCGCGAGCGUGACCGUGCCCGCUUUGAUCUCGAUCGCCAGAAGGCGGGCCACAAGGACGAGAUUGACCGUCUCCGUCGCGAGAUCAACUUUGCGAACGAGCGUGCUGAGGACGCUACGAGGUCGAAGAGCUCGGAGGUGUCGGGCGUGCUUUCCAAGUACAACCGUCAGCUCACUGAGCUCGAGGACUCUCUCCGUGCGAAGCAAAUCCAAAUCGACGACCUUCUGAGCAAGCUCGACAACGCAAGUGGCGAUCUUGAGCGUCUGCGUGACGAGAAGGACCAAGAGAUUGCUAUUCUCCAGGAGGGUAUGGAUGCUACCAUCCAGCAGCUCCAUGACGCGCAGCAGAACCAAGGCCUCAACGAGGAAGCGACAAUGGCUCAGGUCGACACCCUCAUCCUGGACAACAGGAAGAAGCUCAACCAGAUCAUCGACUCGAUCCUCAAUGCCUGCGUGCAGAAGGUGGACGAAUCGAUCUACGAGCUGGAGUCUCCCGCACAGGCCGGCAACAUUAACUCGACGCCGGAGUACACGCUGUCCAUGAUCGAGAAGGCGGUCAACAACGCCACCGACUUCGCGACGAUCUUCAACCUGUACCUCGGUGGCGAGCCUGGCGGGGAGCACGUGGAGGUUAUCAAGGGCGCGAACGAACUUGCGCAGGCCCUCUCCGACGUCCUCAUCAACACCAAGGGCAUCACGCGUCUAGUGGAGGACGAUGUGUCUGACAAGCUCAUCAACGUCGCCAGGCAUGUCGGCGACGUCGGCCUGCGGACGUUCCUCAACCUCCAGUCAUACAAGCUCGACCUCAUCCCCCAGCCAACACAGCGCAAGGAGGUGGCGAUGCGCAACAACGGCGAGGUCCGCGGGGCGCUCACGAAGCUCUCCGAAGUCGUCGACGGGCUCGUGCCGAAGGGCGGCAAGGCGGGCCCGCUCGCGAAGACGAACGGCGACUUGGGCGACCUGGUCGAGCAGGAGAUGCUCGGCGCCGCGCAGGCCAUCGAGGCCGCAACGGAGCGCCUGCAGCAGCUCAUGGCGCGCCCGCGCGACUCGUCGCGCUUCAGCGCGGUCGACCUGCAGGUGCACGACGCGAUCCUGCAGGCCGCGAUGGCGAUCACGAGCGCGAUCGCGCGCCUCAUCAAGGCCGCGACGGAGUCGCAGCAGGACAUCGUCGCGCAGGGCAAGGGCACGAGCACCGCGCAGCAGUUCUACAAGCGCAACAACCGCUGGACAGAGGGCCUCGUGUCCGCCGCGCGCUCGGUCGCGUUCGCCACCGGGCUGCUCAUCGAGAGCGCAGAUGGGGUGCUCUCGGGCACGCACACGCUCGAGCAGCUGAUCGUCGCGUCGAACGAGGUCGCGGCGGCGACCGCGCAGCUCGUCGCCGCGUCGCGCGUGAAGGCGAACCUGAUGUCGAAGACGCAGGAGCGGCUCGAGCUCGCGGCGAAGGCGGUCACGGAGGCGUGCCGCGCGCUCGUGAAGCAGGUGAAGACGAUCGCGGCGAAGCAGGUGCAGGAGGACGACGUGGACUACAAGAACAUGGCCGUGCUCGAGUUCAAGCGGCGCGAGAUGGAGCAGCAGGUCGAGAUCCUGCGCCUCGAGAAGGAGCUGAACGCGUCCCGCCACCGGCUCGGCGCGAUGCGGCGUGCGGGGUACCAUACAGACGAGACGGACUGAGGAAGAAGCGGCGGCGGUGGUCUCUAGUUAGCACUUGGAAUAUACUCUGCGUUCCCUUACCGAUAUACUUGUAUUUCU